GUAAGGUUUGCUGAUAAUUCGUUAUCCUUAGCUACUGUAAUUAACAUCAUGAGCACCAAGAAAAUAGAGAUGAAAGUCAACAUCCCCAGCAACAAGUGCAAGACCCAGCUAUUGAAAUCCGUUACUAAACUUCAAGGCAUAGAUCAGGUGUCUGUGGAUAGAGAAAAGGGGACGUUAACGGUAAUUGGCACCGUCGAUCCAGUAGAAGUAACAAAGAAAGUUAGGAAAAUCGUGAAGGUGGUUCAGAUUUCUAGCGUUGGACCCCCCAAGAAGCCUCCAUCCCCCAAGAAACCUGAGAUUCCUACUUGCCCCCCAUAUUGUCCUCACUGCCAACUUAUUGCCGUCAAACCCUACCCAGACAGCUCUGUUUGCUCCAUCCUCUAGUUGUCAUUUUGGUUGUGUUUGGUGCCAUUUCUGUUUCUACUUAAAAGGUUGUGGCCUGUGGGUUGAUCAAUACAAAAUUAAUGAGAAAUAUGUUUCGUCACCCCAUCUCAUACUUACUAGAAUCACUUCAGCUAGAACAGCAAUGAUACCAAACACAACCUUAAGCUUUGUGUCUGUAAGUUGCAUUUCUAUCAUUUCUUGCACAAAUAAUAUUUUUCUUUUUGUUAUUCCUGGUGCUUUGGAAACCUAGA